ACUAUAUAAACCUUCUGUGAUCAAUGUUUAAUUAGGAGCAGGGAACGCCUUUUACUAUCCUAAGAGAUCCUGAAGAUCCAUUCUACCCAUUAUGAACAUUUAUUUGUGAAAUGAGGGAUUAAAUGAUGAAAAUAUUAGAAAUAGACAGGUUAAAUUAUUUAAAAAAAAUAUCGAUUAGCCUCCCAUGAUCCGAUAUAUAUCCAGUUCCAACCGGAUCAAUCAAGAUACCAAAACUCAGUAUAAAAAUGUAAUAGCAACACUAGUUGCUCAUUUCAUGAUAUUUGUUGGAAAGGAGCACUGCUAAGAAGAAACCCUGAAGAUGCCUGCAGCAGACCAUUCUACUUACGAGUGCCACUGUGGAAAGAGAUUCAAACAUGCAAGUAAUUUAUCGAGGCAUAAGAGGCUGGAACAUGCGCAUGACAGCAUACAAUACCAGUGUCAUUGUGGGAAAACCUUUGAUAGAAAGGAUAGAUUGGCAAGGCAUGAGCUUAUACAUAACGGAGUUGAAUACAAGUGUGAUAAAUGUAAUGCAAAAUUUAACAGAAAGGACAAUUUAACCAAGCACAAGCGUACACAUGUACAAGUGGGUGGUGGUGUAGAUCCAAACUUGACACCAACACACAACCAGACACAGCAAUUUGAUUCAAACCUCUCGAAUCAGCCUAAUAAAACAGAUAUCCCAAAUCGAACAUUAGAAUCUGAGAUACCAAAUACACCACUAGAAGGCGACCAGGAUAACGGCCCUGAAGAGUGCAACUUUGAAGAAGAAGCUGUAAAUGGAGCUUUGAAGACUGUGACGUUCAAGGCUAC